AUGUGGCAAAGUGCUGCUUCUCUUGUCGAGCACUCCCCUGCGUCCUUCUGCAGCAUUUUUGCAAGUCCAGACAGCCAUGACGCAGCCGGGACGUUUGUCACGGAGAUGGGCAUCGCCCAGGUUGGACUUUGGACAUUGGAGCCUUGUGGGCCUUGUGGGCGUUGUGGGCUCACGGCCUGCUCGAGGCCGCAAGUCUUGCAGUGCGCAUUUCUUGUGCCAACGGAGGCCUUGGCCGCGAACUCGCUUUCGAAGAGGACGUUCUCCUUCGGUAGCGGUACACCGCAAGCCCGCAAGUCGGAGGCAGUGGUUCACGGUCCGGUGCGUGGCCCUGCAGAGAAGAGAGUCGAGUUAUGGGUGUCUCCGAAAAGACUUUGCACUGGUCUUUUGCCAAUCGUUUUCGCAGCACAUUUGAUGACCGGAGGGCCACUAUGGGAGGUCAUCGGCGGAUCCGGCGGCGGCGGGAUCCUGGUGCGUGAAGGUGAGAAGCUCUCUUCUGCGGAGCUUCCCUUACGACUGGCCAACGGCGCCAUCAUCAGGCAGAAGGAGCUUAAAGGCGAGCGACUUCAUUUCGAGCUUGUGGGUGGCACUGGGCCCAAUGCUGGCUGGGUCAGUCUGAAGGUGAAGGGUCGCGAGCUGCUUCGAGCAGUUCCAAAGGAAGGCCUGCCCUGGUGGUUGAAUCCGAGCCGCGUGAAGGGCACCAUCCUCUUCCUUUCCAUCCCCUGGAAGGGACACAUCGUCCACUUGCGACGCAUAGGACUCUGGUUCGUCGGACGUCCUGGUUUCAACGUGCAUUUCGCGUGUUUUCCGGAAGACGAGGCCGAGCUGAAGAAGCUGGGCUUCACCGUUCAUGUUACCGAGGGAGACGAGCGAGUCACCUCGGAGUUUUUCCAACUCAUGGAGGACGGGUUUCGGGAAGUUGCCAGAAACCCUGGCGACACCGAGCAGGAAGAAGGUGGAUCCUCCAUGUUCAGCUUUGCCCUGAGGGGCAUGGCGCAGUUUGUAGAGAAAGCCCAGGACCCACUGGCAUCAUAUUUCUCCUUUUGUUUUCGUACGCUUUGUGCAGUCAAGCCUGAUGUAGUGGUUUGUGACAAUUUCUGCUCGACAACGGCCUUAAUUCCUGCAUGGUGCCAUGCGGAGGGUGUCAGCUUCGUUCCGGUGCAAUCACCUGGAAUCCCCGAGGACCACUCGCACCUGAAAGAGGGCAAGCCAAAGUCGAGCGAUCCCUCGAAGGAGUUGCCUCCCGAAGUGAUGGCCAAGGCGACUGGCUUACCAGUGGAGGUGAUCAAGGCUUUGAAUGAAGGAAAGGAUCCCAGCCAACUCCCCCAGGCCAACUCGCAGAACAUGACCCUCUUCGGACUCACUGCCACGAUUCAAUCUAUUCCACCAGAGUUCAUCGGCAUGAUGACUGGUCCUUUGGCGAAGAAGCUCAAGCUGCCCAUCAAGGUGGCAAACUCGGUGCUCAAGAACCUUCCAAAUGCCACCUACUUGGCCGAGCUCUACCCAAGCACCAGGAGUGUGGUGGGGCAACAAGAGAACAGGGAACGCAGCCUCUUCACGAGCCCACUGCUGCCACUUCCUGUGCCACUGGAGAACGGCGAGCUGCAGCGGGAUCGCGAGACGUUCAAGGCUACAUUGUCUACGGUGGACGAGGACCUCCUGCAAUGGCUCUUUAGCGACGAGGAGAAGGGGCCAGUGGUGUAUGUUGCCUUUGGCAGCAUUGUCAGGCCCAACCAGGACCUGCUCAGAAAGCUGGCUGAAGCCUUGGAUGGUGGCGACGAGUGGCGUGUACUUUGGGUUCUGCCAGAGGAGCUGCAGCAGCACCUCCCUCACUACAAUCCUGGUCGUUGGCGAGUGGAGAAAUUUGUUCCACAGGCCGACGUGCUCAAGAGCAACAGGGUCAGGUGCUUCUUGUCACACAUGGGUGCGAACAGCACCACCGAAUCCUUGGUCUGCGGCGUUCCGAUGAUGUGUUGUCCAUUCUAUAUGGAUCAGUAUGAGUGGACCAAGACCGUCUGUGAACACCUGGGUGCUGGCUUGAUGGUGAGGAAGGCAUCUCCGUGCGAAGAGAUCAGGGAAACUCUUCGGAGCUUCACAUCAAAGUGGGCUUCAUGUAGCGCAUUAGCAUCCAUGGCAUUUCGCCCUCUCCAGAGGGCACUGGCGCUGCGAAGGCUUCGCUGGCCCGGGCGCCCUGGCACAAGGAGCCUCGCAGUGGACCAUAACGAGGAGGACGACGACACUUCUGGGCUUCAGGCCCCCGACUCCAACGAUGCGGCCGGUGGCGGGCAUGAUGCCGCGAAGAAGGAGGAUGACGAUGAUCAUGUUGAGCUGAUGGAGUGGCAGAGUCCCUGGCCAUUUCUGUCUGCCGCAGACGGGAAGCUGUGCGACCUCUCUGCGGGUGCACUCUGGCCCUGGAAACCCAGCAUGGCCUCCAAGCUCAAGGAGAUUUCGCAAGGUGUACGGCCAGAACUGCAGUCCGCAGAUCUUAGUGUGGAUGCUAUGCUGGCUGGAGUGGGCUCCGACGUCGACCUGGCGGUGGUUGCACGUGCGGCGGCUGAUGGGCAUCAGGAAGACCUUUGGGACUGGCUGAAUGACCGGAAGGCCCAGCUGAAGAAGUGCAACACCGGCAGCCUAGCGGCAAUCCUGAGUAGCCUCACGCGUGCCUCGCAGAGUGCGCAGAGGAGCCAGACGAGCUGCAGAAGCCUCCUGCGGCAUGUUGCCGGAGAGAUGCUUCAAGCGCAUCGUCGCCUAAGUCCAAGGCAUGCCCUGGUCAUGCUGGCCUCGCUGAAGGGCGAGGCGCAAGGAGGAAACACGGAUGACGACGAGAAGCCAGUUUCUGCCAACGACCUGUUGGAGAAGGUCUUUGUGACACUCAACCAGCGCAAGGACGGCGAUGGUCGGCUGCUUCUCGCAGAGAUUGUGCCUGCUAUGGAAGCGCUAGCUGUCCUGCGAAGCACAACCGUGGAUGCUCAGAGGGAGCAGCUGCUCGGCUUGGCGACACUGCUGGUAGGCGAGCUGCAUGGUGGGCUGGGUCUGUCCUUGCUCUUGGCACAAAGUGGCCAGAGCCGUGGUGGCAUCCAGAGCGCGUUGCUCAGGCUGCUAGCAGCUCUGGCACAUCUGCCCGAAGCUGCAGGGCCGACCGCCAAGGGGCUCACCGCCUUGGGUGGUGUCCGGUGGAGCAGGGAGGCGAUAACUUCCCAGGAAGUGAUGGCUUCUGCAGCCUUUACACUGUCGCGAUGGGGAGCCUGGUCCUCUGUGCGGACUGACUACUUGCUCUCCCAGGCAUCAAAUUUAAAAAACUAG